CUCUCCGGUGAAAGCACCGACUCAACCGGACCGAGCACUUCUCCUUUUGCUUCUUUCUGCGGCAUCACUGCGCCCGGAGCCCCGUUUGUUCUUCUCCUCUUCCCGGAGCGCCGGGCCGUGGACAGCGGGCACAGGGCGCGGAGGGGACCGCGUCCCCUAUGAUGGACGGACCCCCGGUACCGACCAACGGACAGCGAGCCCGGCGGACCCAGCGUAGGGGCAGCGAGGACUUGUGAGUCCAACCGGUUACCGACGCACCGACGGCGUCUUUACUGGAUAUUUUUUCUGCAAUGUCUUUCGGAAGGAGACGCGGCUGAGGCACCGGCUCCUCCUCCGCCGGUUCCCGCUGUCCGUCAUCCUCGUCAACGGCUUCUGAUGGUUUUAGCUAACGUUAGCUCCGGUAUGAGCUCCACCGGACAUUCCUGCCACGUCUGACCGGGCUCGUGGAGGUUGAGCUGUAACUGCUGGUCGUGACACUGGAAGUUUUUGGAUGAGAACCGGUGACCGGGCCGGAUUCUGUGCGGAGGGACGCCGGGCGGAGAGGAGCAGUAGGCGGCGGGGAACCGGACUGAGCUCAGCCCCGGGGCGAGAGAAGCGGCGAGGCAGCCAGAGGAGGAUGUGAAGAUGGGCUUAGGUGUCAGGCUGCUGUGGCUGCUGAUCGGCGUUCUGCGGGCUGUGCGCGGCCAGGGCGUGUACGCGCCCCCUACUGUCCACAUCCUGCCCUCGGCUCAGGGCUGUGCCGUGGAGGAGGAGCGUGAUGCUGAGAGGGUCUACACCGUCAGGGAGGGGGACACCUUGGAGCUGCAGUGUCUGUUCACAGGACACCCCCGACCACAGAUUCGCUGGACUAAGGCUGGAGCCACCGAUCACCUCAACGACUUGUAUCUGCACAAUGAAACUCUGAGGAUUGAAAACAUCAGCCGCCACCAGGGGGGCCGCUACUACUGCAAGGCUGAGAACAGACACGGGGUCCCGGCCAUCCGCUCCAUCCGGGUCGAGGUCUACUUCCUCGAUGACCCAGUAAUCACUGUGCAUCAGAGCGUUGGAGAAGCCAAGGAGCAGUUUUACUUUGAGAGGACGGUGUUUCUCCGCUGCGUGGCCAACUCCAACCCCCCCGUCCACUACACCUGGAGAAGAGGCCGGGAGGCGCUGACGCAGGGCUCGGACGCAGGGGUGGAGAUCUACGAGCCUUUUUUCACACAGGGCGAGACAAAAAUCCUGAAGCUGAAAAAUCUCCGUCCUCAGGAUUACGCCACCUACACCUGCAUCUCGUCCGUCAGGAGUGUGUGCGGCAUCGAAGACAAGAGUACACACUUCAGCCUGAGCAACCAGACAGCGCCCCCCUCCAUCAAGCUCCUUCUGGAGGAUCCCCUAGUGGUGAACCCAGGGGAAACCAUUACGCUGGUGUGUGUGGCCUCGGGGGGAGACCCUCUCCCCUCUCUGAAGUGGGUGAGGCCAGGAGAGGAGGAGCUGCCGAAGAGGAGCAUAGUCAAACGCGGCACGCUGACGCUGACGGCCGUCACCCUGGAUGACGGCGGCACCUACACCUGCGUGGCCUCCAACAACGUGGGAAACCCUGCGAAGAGAAGCACGUCCAUCCUGGUCCGAGGUCUUCGUAAAGGCCGGUUCUGGAUCACUCCUGACCCGUACCACAACGACGACAACAUCCAGAUCGGUCGGGAGGUGAAGAUCAGCUGCCAGGUGGAGGCCACACCCCCAGAGGAGCUGCAGUUCAGCUGGCUGAAGAACGGCCGACCGCUGAGGAGCUCCGAGCGCAUGGUGAUCACCCACACCGACACCGAUGUCUCCCCCGGAACCACCAACCUCGACAUCAUUGACCUCAAGUUCACAGACUUUGGCACCUACACCUGUGUGGCCUCGCUGAGGAACGGAGGGAUCCCCGAGAUCAGCAUUGAUGUCAACAUCUCCUCCACCACAGUCCCUCCAGAGCUGACCGUCCCCAGGGGCCGCUCUCACCUCGUGGUUCAGGAGGGCGACACCGUGGACCUGCAGUGUCUGGUCUCAGGCAAACCCAAACCCAUCAUCCUGUGGUCCCGGGUGGAGGAGGGUGGAGCGGCCGUGGCUGCUCCUGCCUUGAUGCAGGAUGGUUCGGAUCAGGUGGAGAGCUAUGACGGGGUUCUGAGGAUCACCAACGUGACCAGAGACAUGAGUGGGACGUACCGGUGCCAGACGAGCCAGUACAACGGCUUCAACGUGAAACCCAGAGAGGCGCUGAUCCAGCUGGUGGUGCAGUUUCCUCCUGUGGUGGAGCCAGUCAACAUAGAAAUCCGUCAGGCUCUGGGCCGGGCCUUCGUCCUCAGCUGCCACCUGCUGCGAGCUCACCCAGCCCGUCUCCUGAGGUACGAGUGGAAGCUGGGCUCCCGCCUCCUCACGGUCGGACAGUUUACUGACCAGCAGGGAGACACCGAGUACCAGGUCCGAGCUCUGAAUCGCGAGGGCUACGGCGAGUACACCUGUGACAUCACCAAUGAGGCGGGGGCGGGGCGCUGCAGCUUCCUGGUCACAGGAAAGGCCUAUGCUCCAGAGUUCUACUACGACACCUAUAGCUCUCUGUGGCAGAACAGACCCACUGUCUACAGCUUCAAGCUGCAGUGGACUCAGAUGGAGCCCAGUGCAGUGGACCGGAUCCUGGCCUACAGACUCAGUUUCAAACAGGUGGGUCAGUCUCGCUGGUGGGAGCAGGAAAUACCGAUCGACGGAAACAUCGGCGUCGGGGAACUGCUGACCUACAACCUGACAGAACUCGUCAAGCCAGAGUCCUACCUGGUCCGGCUCACACCCAUCACCCGAUUCGGAGAAGGCGACGUCACCGAACGGAUCAUCACCUACAGCCGAGGAGAGAGGAAACGAGUGUUGAGGUGUCACAGAAAACCUGUCAGAAAGCUAAAAACAGCAAAAGUAAAAGAUGAACAAAAAGACGAGGUCAGAGGAGCUUCUCUGUGUCGACAGGAUGCCACUCCUGUGAACCCACAUCUCAGGGAGUUCCAGUGUGGUUUCGAAGACGAGGCGUUGUGCUUGUUCUCUCAGGAUAAAAGCGAUGUGUUCGACUGGACGCGUCACAGCGCCACCACACGAGACACCAAGUACACACCGAACACCGGGCCGAGCUCCGACCACACUGGCUCCAAGCAGGGUACCGACACACAGAACCAGGAUACAACACACAAUACGAGCUGGGUCUCACCGGGUUUCUACAUGUACAUUGAAACGUCGCGGCCACGGUUGGAGGGAGAUAAAGCUCGGCUGCUGUCUCCCACAUUCAACACCAACUCCAAGGUGUCCUCCAACCCCCACAGCCCCACCUACUGCCUGGCCUUCUACUACCACAUGUACGGAAAGCACAUAGGAGCUCUCAACGUGUUGCUGCGGCAGAAAGGUCAGACCGUCACAGAAGUCUCAGUCUGGAGUCUGACUGGAAACCAAGGAAGUCGGUGGAUGCAAGCCAAGGUCACCAUCCACCCAACCACAGCCUUCCAGAUUGUGAUGGAGGGAGUCCGAGGUCCGGGUAUAGAGGGAGACAUCGCCAUCGAUGACGUCAGCAUCGAGGAGGGCGAGUGUAAAGACCUGCCCCCCAACAAUCUAAGGUCACUCGCCCCGCCCUCAUUGCCACAUAUAUGGCAACUGUGUGUCAGUGUGAGUGUUGCUCUGAUUGGCCGACAGAGAUGACCCUUCCACUCAGCAGGACUCCACUGCGUGUGACUCCCCCAACAGAUCCCAUCAUUCCUCUCCAUUGGACCCCCCCACCCCCCCGCUACCAAAGACGUGGUCAUAGCUUCAGAGAGGAGGCUGAGAAAAGAUUAAGAGUCGCAUGGAGAAGUCGGCUUUGUUUGCUGCGGUGGUUUACUGGUUACAUUUACGUUGUUCUUCAUAUACACCAAUGACCCAGACAAUCAAAAAUUUAAGACUCCUUCCUACAGCGGCUGCAGUGGCUGUUUACUGUGUAGACAUGAAGCACACGACUCAUCUUUGGCGUAGGCCAGAUGCUGUAGCAGCAAAUCCCAGGACCGGGUGAGGAGUUUAGUCAUCGAACAACGAUCAGUCGACACACAAGCUGUAAAACCAGCACCUCUGCUAAGACCGGAACCUCUGACCCAUGGCGUCCAGGAGGCGCCGCCCACACAGACUGAAGAUGAUGAUGAUGAUGAUGAUGAAGUUGAACAUGAAGGAGACCUGAGCUAAAUAACAAGCGAAUCCAAGCCGGAUCCGUUUGUGUUUGACCUGUAUUUGUGAACCAGUCAGUGAGUUACUGUUGGCUUCAUGUGUGUCAGUCAGUUGUUUGAAGCCUUGCACUUUAUAGUGAACGUAAAGUCAUGAAGUGCAUCUGUCCAUCACCUUAUCGGCCCCCACCCCACCCCAGGUCUUCUCCUACAGGAGAAUGUUACUUUUUAUAGCAGGCAGAUUGACAGAGCAGUAUUUUUUCAACCUACGUGUUUUUUGACGUCAGUCUGUUUAAGAGUUCACCCUCUGCCAUGACAUCAAGUGCCUUCAGACUAGCAGAGGAACAAAUGAACAAAGGAAUUAAAUAAAUAAAUAAAAAACAGAGAAUCAAUUAAACCAUUGAAACCAAGACUAAAGGAAUCAGCAGCAGUAAAGAAGUCAUGACAGAAAGACUGGCCACAGACAUGAAAACAGACUUAUAGACAGGAAGACAGACAGACCACAGACAGGAACACAGAUGGUACAACUACAGACGGACCACAGACAUGAGGACAGACUGACCGCAGAAAGGAAGACAUAGCGCCCACAGACAGGAACACAGAUGGUACAACGACAGACUGACCAUAGAUAUAAAGACAGACUGACCACGGACAUGAAGACAGACUGCCUACAGACAUGAAGACAGACUAACCACAGACAGGAAGACAGACUGACCACAUACAGGAACACAGAUGGUACAAUGACAGACUGACUACAGACAUGAAGACAGACUGACCACAGACAGGAAGACAGACAGGAACACAGAUGGUGCAACGUCAGACUGAUCAUAGACAUGAAGACAGACUGACCACAGACAGGAAGACAGACAGGAACACAGAUGGUGCAACGUCAGACUGAUCAUAGACAUGAAGACAGACUGACCACAGACAGGAAGACAGACAGGAACACAGAUGGUGCAACGUCAGACUGAUCAUAGACAUGAAGACAGACUGGCCACAGACAAGACAGGAAGACAGAAGACUGACUACAGACAGGGGGACAGAUGGACCACAGACAGACUAGAAGACAAACUGACCACAGACAGGAAGACAGACCCUCAAAUCUGGAACCGGACCUUUCACAAUAAAAUGAUGGUUCCUAAGUCUUUAUGACGGUGGUAAUACCUGAGACCGUCACUUACCUUUAAUACAGCAGCUGGAAGAACAGUGAAUCUACUAAUGAGACAGAAACAUCUCAUCUGUCCACUAAUAAGCACAAAAAGGGGACGUCAUUUAACAUAAUGGAACAACUUGCAACCUACUUCAAGUGGUACAAAUAAAAUCUGUGAGUCGUGUGAAAUAGAGCCUUGCAAAAGUGGGACUUGAAUAUUACAAUUUUCAUCCUUUCUACAUUAAAUGUUAUGUAAUACUAAAUGGAGUUUAUUUUGAUUUUAUGUCAUUAUAUACAAUUAUAUUACAAUUAUAUAUAAUAGAAUUUGUUUUCAAAGUUCAGUGUCAAAUCACUGGACUGCCAGAAACGAAUCAUUUCUACUUAAAAUGUCUUGAGUUGAACGGUGUACAUUUGUAACGUGUGUUAUGUUACCAUUGGAUGAAAGUAAACGUGAUGCAGAUCUAUGAUGAAGCAAAGAAUGACUUUAUGUGAUUUGUGUUGUUUUUGGCAAUAACAAAGUAUUUGAGCUUCUGGGUCAGAGGUUCCCCAGCAGAGAACUUUUCUUCUCUGCGUCUUUCUUCACUGCUGAGCUCGUGCAUUUAUAUCACUUUAAAGUGUGUUUGCUUCUGAUUAACAGCAUCACAUUUAUUUAUUUAUUUAAUCAUUUCUGUCUGUCUGUCUGUCUGUCUGUCUGUCUGUCUGUCUGUCUGGAUUUAAACUGUGCAGUGGUGGUUUGAGCCCAGAUACUAUUAACCAGACACAACCAAGCCCAUUGUCUCCCCGAUGUUGGAGCUGCAUUGUAGCUCGUGUAGAAACGCUGAAGAAACAGAUUCUACAAUUUUUGUCACAUUUCAAAGUUUAGUGAAAAGGCAGGAAACUAGUGGAUCCACAUUACAAAAACUGUUAACAGAUACUUGACACCUUUUGAAUCAAUGUUCUUUGUCCUCUACAAAACACAAACAGCAUCAACUUAGUCUGCAGUUUGUAACAAAACUACAAAAACUACAAAAACUGUCAAGCUCUAACUAAAGUGGCAAUAAUUGAAGAAGAGACUGGCGUUACUCAGGCUUCGACUCGAGACCAGUUAGAUUUUGUCUGUUUCAGAACCUGACAAACUUCUAGCUGUCGAGUCGCUGCAGUGGAAAAACAUGUCCUGUUUUUUUCCCCGGAGUCUGUGUCAUUUCUAUUUAGAACAUUUGGGGGACGGCCAAUAAAAUAAGUUCUGAAACUCUG